GUGCUCAAUGCUAUCUGCUUCAUCUGCUGCGUGGCACGAUGGAGCGGCAUCGGCGGAGGCAGGAUCGAUUUCUACUUCUUCUGUUGCAUCGUGGGCUUCAUCGUCACGCUGAUUCUCCUCAUCCUCUACCUGUUCCACGUCGUCGGCUACUUCUACAAGCUGCCCUGGUAUCUGAUCGAGUUCAUCUACUGCGCAGUGUGGACGCUGUUCUACCUGAGCGCUUCCAUCGCCAUGGCUGACCUCGCCGGAAAAUUCUCGAACACCUUCCGUCGGUACUACUCCGCUCUAGCAGCGGCAGCG